AUGUUCGCCAAAAUUAUGCUCGUUGCUCUCUGCGUGGCUGGCGCCCAGGCGGGUCUGCUGCCCUUUGCCGCUGCACCUGCACCACUCGCUGCCGCCGGCGUGGUGGCGCCCUAUGCCUCCAGCUUCAAUGCUCAUCGGAUUAACCACGCCGUUGCCUUCCCGGUAGCACCACCAGUUGCACCAGUGGCUCUGGCUGCCCCAGUGCCAGCACCAGUGGCUUUCGCUGCACCACCCAAGGUGGCAUUUGCUGCUCCUGCUCUGGCACCGGCGCCUGCUUUUGCCGCACCUGCCUUUGCGCCUGCUCCUCUGGCUGCUCCUCUGGCUGCUCCUCUGGCUGCACCUUUGGGCGCUCCUUUGGCCGCGCCUUUUGGCCUUGCCGCGCCCGCUCGCUUUGGACUGCCUGCUGCAGCACCCUUCGCCGCGCCCGUGCCUGCACCACUGGCUGUGGCACCCAGAUUCCCAGCACCCGCUCCCUACUUCUUCUAGACACACUCCAGCUACAAACCCAUCCUAGCUUAGACUU